GAAAGCGAGCGGAAAGACACAUCAACAACCCUAAAAAGAAUUGUUUUAAAAUCUAUGACGUUCUUUACGUCAUCGUGGAACACCUGCCCACGCGUGUCUGCCGUAUUGUGAGGUCUAUGUGCGCGGUUUAAAAGCUCGCGCGCGCCCGCCCUGCCGUUCACUACCUGCCUACCUGCCCGCUUUGCACGUGCUAAACGUACCCUGUGUACGGCACCGAAAGGAUACCACCGAGCUCUGAGUCGCUUAAAAAAAUGGCCCAAGUCUGUUUUGCGGUUACCAUUUUGGCUGUACUCUUCAUGACACAAGGAAUCACUGCGAAACGAGGAUGUUCUGCAUUCGGUCACUCGUGUUUCGGAGGGCACGGCAAACGAUCUGGCGAUACUGCUGUUAUGGACACAACUGCUGAGCUUCGUCGUCAGUUGGGACAAGAGGAGACGCCACCGCAUCCUGUUUACCCCCACUCUGGCUACAGCGGACUCCUGCCACCAGGCGAUGACAUUAUACCUGUGAGAGAUGGCGGUGUUUACGAGAGAGAAGAUAGCGCCAGGGAAGCUGUUAAAUUCAAGCUCAGGAAUUUCGUGAAGCAAUGGAUGGAUAACUACAGGCGGUCGCAACAAAACAACGACGACUCUUACAUAAUUGAUAACUUGUAAAAUACGCAAACGUCUCAGUACCCAUGUUAUACUUAAGUAGAGCAUAUAUCUAUGAAGUCCAAAAUGUCCAUCAGAAAGAGCUUGUGUUUAUGUCAACAUUGCUAUCUUUUAAAGAAACAGAUUUGAAACUCCAAUUUGGAACACUUUUUAUGUAGAAGAAUUCUUUUUAAGCAACUUGUAAGCAAUUGAAAUAAUAGGUUUAUUUUCUACAAUCAAAAUUCUUUACUACAUUUACAGCUAAUUUGAACAGAACCAGUUUAUUAAAUCAAUAAGAGGAACUGUGUGUAAAUUUUACAUUUUCCUCCCAAAUUUUUAUUCGCUGAAUUGAAUACCUAACUGUAAUUUUAAUAAAUAUAUUUACUGUCUUUUCGGAUAAAAUGAUUUAUAUGUUUGAUACUAACGCUUUGGUAUUUUCUAUAAAAUGUAUUUUUUACAAUAAAAAAAUAUUUUAUACAGUUGACCAGUGUUCUGUUCUAUAAAUGACAUAGUACAAGCUCUUUUGCGAAUAAGUAAUAUGAUUUUGUGACAAAACUAUGUCUGAAAUAUGAAAGAAAAAAAAAACAAAUGUAUUUCUUGUCAAUUAUUGUGUAAAAUUUUAAAAAGGGUCGGAUAAUAAAAUCGCUAGUAAUUUGAAAUUUCUAUACUUAAAGCAAUUUCUAUUUCGUAUAGAUCUUUUAACUCGGUUACUUGAGUGAGAGAAGUUUUUGAAAUUUUGUUUAAUAUCUUGUUAUGUUUUUGGUGAUUUUUGCAAGCGACCCUUUAUUUUGCUCGUCAGUGUAUAUUCGACAUGUUGUAUAGAUAAAUUCGAUAUAUUUUUCUUAAGGCUGGUUAAGCGUUAUAUUGAAAAUCUUAUAAAUGUACUUUAUUAAUGUUAUGUAAAAAACCUUAUACCAUUUCAUCUGUUAGCUGAGAUUAUAUUUUGAAAGUUUUCGUGUGAAUUGUUACCAUAGCUUCAACUUAGAUUAUAACAUAAGUUUACCAUCAGAAUAAAUUACAUAUUAUAUGAAUAAAAAAAUAGUAGAUGACUGUCUCUGUUACGAAAUAUUAUAGAAAUGUUUUUCCUAUUGAAUAAAUGGUUAGUACAACAAUAUUGCA